UUGGCUCAACACAAGGCGAUCACCGGCUGUCUGUCCACCGAAAUCCAAGAUAUGCACGGGCUGAGGAUCGACACAAAAGCCCUC